AUGCCAGCAGAGUCCUCCAUAUAUUGGGACUCCGUGGGUUCCCAGCGCUCGACUUCCGGUGGCAGCUCCGGAGACGCAUGCAGCUCCGGAAGUGCCAGCCGCCACUAUGUCGACCCGUGGGACCUGGAGAACUACGCGUACCUGCGUCGACACAGCGUCGCUGGCAUAACGCAACAGGCGCCGCGACACCAUCGACGCCCUACCCACCGACUACCACAGGAGGCACGUGCUCAUUCUGAGUAUUGGUAUUCAUCCUCGGCGAGAGAACCGGGCUACGACGCACCCGCUUUCGUAGAAGAAUUGUAUUGUAGACCACCUAGGCCAACGAACAAUAGUUGCUACUAUCACCAGCCGAUCUACGAGGACGAGGUGCCUGAUUACGUCGCCCCGUUUCCGGUCUACGCGCCUCUCUCUGAAAUAAGACACGGGGAUGAGUUUAUGGAGGAUCACAGAAGAUUCAAGCACAGAUGUAGAUCCACAUCGAUGGGGGAACUUCACAGGUCCGAGUUCGUUGACCUUCGUGUCUCGCCAUUGGACGCUGUCGAAUUGGAUGUACCGCGGCGAUACACCGAACCAAAAUAUCAUUCGAUGGCGGCGGACGUGGAGAAAGAAAAAUACAUACAAAAUAUCCCAGCCCCGCAUCUCGACCUGAACACGUACGGGCACCUCAAGAUCGAUUACACGAACAGUUGGAACUCGCUGAACCGCAAGAUCAGUAAAUAAUCUAAUCGAUAUCCGUCUCACAAGAAAUAGAAAAAUUGUAAAAACAUUUCCUCGUUAUUUGCUUAGCAACGUACAGACACUUAACUGGAUCGUAAAUUGUUUAUGUACUGUAAGAGCACUGCUAACGAU